AUGCGCUCCCUGGCACCAGUGCCCAGGGCGUUAGCCGAAACGGCGUUUAGCCUAGCUCGAAAUCUGCGCGAGAAAAAGGCAAAGGCACCCGGGAGCGCCAAGCGGCGUCAGAAGCUCGAAGACCAGAACAAGCCGGUCUUCAAUUUCAUCUUCUGCCUCGCCUUGCUCCCACAGGCGCUUUCGACCGUCUUCAAGGAGAUCGCCUUCCGCGGCUUUGACGGCGACUUGGACGUGAAUGUGCUCCAAUUCUGGGUGGCCGUGUUCCAGGUGGUGGUGAACUUCUGCGGCAUGCCGAUCUACACCCUCAAAGUUCUUGGGCCUCAGCAGGUGCCCCUGGAGGAGAUGAGCAGCAUUGCUGUUGGUGGCUCGCGCUGCCUCUUCUUUGCAGAGGACCAGGUGAUCACCAACUGCGGCUUGCCGGAUGAGAAACCGUGCGACAACUGCAGCGCUGCUUUCGCACCGGAUGCGGAGAAGCAUGCAAGCAUGUACAAAGAAAUCGAGCUUGUAGUCUGGUUGUCCCUGAACGCAUCAUCGCAUCCUCAAAUUGGACGUUGGAGCUCGUACAGCUCCACAAGAGUCGGCGAAAUUCCUCGUCCCGAGAGAAAAGCACCGCCCGUCCUGGCCAUGGAGGGAAUCUCCGAGGCGGUGGCCGCAAUUGAGCAUGAGUUGGACGAGAUCGCUUCACGGUCGCAAAAGGUGAAGGCCGCCGUGCGACAGUUCUCGGCCGCAUCUUCCAGCUCGGCGAAGAAAGCUCAGGAGCCGUUUACGAAUGGCGACAGUGCGUCGCCCUUGGGCGAAAACCCGAAGGUUCCGAUCGCGCUGCAGAGGUUCUGGAGGGCGCAGCAGGAGCGCGUCGUGCCCGCGGGCUCCAACGUCGCCUCCAUCAACACUGAGAAGAAGCGCAAGCUCUACUCCUUGUACGGUAUCUGGGAAGAGCUCAGCAGCCGUGCGGAGGACGUGCAGAUGCGAUAUCAAUCGACUAGCAGGUCUCACAUGAACCUGUUCAUGCACGAGGAGGUGAAGAAGGAGAAGCAAGCAGAGCACGCGCUGACGUGCCUGCAUCGGACUCUGAUGGAUCCACACUCCACAGCCCGGCUGGUCUGGUCCUUCGUGGGAUUGCUUUGUGUUAUCUUCGACGCCUUCUCCAUCCCGGUGAUCGUGAGCUGGGAAAUUCCGAACUCGGAGGUCGAGUCGGUUCUAAUACCCAUGAUGCUCUACUGGACGGUUGACAUCGGCGCGAGUGCGCAGACAGGCUUUUACGAGAAUGGUCUCCUCGUCCAGUCGCCUGCGAGGGCAUUGACGCACUACCUGAGGACCUGGUUCCUAUUCGAUGUGGCCGUGGUGGCGUUUGAUUGGGUCAUGUUGGUGCUCGAGGGUAGUACGACUUCAAGCACCUCGAUGGGCGUCGGCGGUCGAGUCUUGCGUGUGGCUCGCGUUGUCCGAAUAGUUCGGCUGCUUCGUCUGGUUAAGCUGCAGAACUUGCUGCAGGUCGUCGAGGAUUCUGUGGGCUACGCGUAUAUGCAAGGGAUGCAGCUGGUCGUGGCCGUGGCGAAGGCGCUGUUGCUGAUCGUCUUCUCUGUCCAUGUGCUUGGAUGUUUUUGGUUCAUGGUUGGCAAGACAAGUGAAGAGAACGGGCUGGAAAGCUGGCUGACCAGAUACAGCUACCACUCCAAGGGGCAGUCCGAACAGUACUUGGCCUGCUGUCACUGGAUCCUGGGUCAAUUUACGCCAGCACCCAUGGCUAUCCAUGCGUGGAACGCCACAGAAAGAGCGUACAACGUUUUCGUCAUCUUCUUCUCCUUGCUCGUGGUUGCAAGCUGUAUCUCCCGGGUCUCUGCAACGAUCCAGCAGGUGAUCAAGCUAAACUCGGAGGCCGGUGACCGAAAGCGCCAGGUGGCUAUGUAUCUCAAGAUCAACAAGAUCAGCUCUCACCUGUGCAUUCGAGUGCUGCGCUUUGUAGAUCACAGCUUGAGGAAGCACAAAGCGGCACCUUUGGACUCACAACUCCUCUCACAGACGCUGGUCAACGAGCUGCACAUGGACCGGCGCGGGCCAGUUCUGCGAAAGCAUGCGAUGUACAGCUUCCUGGAGCAGCUGUCGCAGCGUGCCUUUACCCAGCUCUGUGGACACCUAGAGCUGACCGUUUUUGAGGACAAAGAGAUCAUGUUUACGCGCUUCUCCGAGGGCCGUGGAAUGUACAUGCCUGGCCCGGGUCAGUAUCAGGAAGAAGUGGACAGUGAUGUCCUUAGCAUUACGCUGACUGAGUUCGAAUUCUGGGCCGAGAUCUCGCUGUUCACAUCCUUCCAGCACACCUGCACAAUGGUCUCCGUCCAGUUCAACGACACGUUUAUCCUCCCAGCCACGGCGUUGGCAAAGGCUAUCCAGGAAUUUCCGGAAUGCUGUGGCUAUGUGUAUCAAUAUGCGCGCUGCCUCCAGUCCAAGCUGAAUGCGGAGGAGUUCUUGGCAGAGGAGACACUGCCAGUGCCGGUUCGAAGGGAGUGCUGUGAAGCCACCGAUGCUUUCCAGCUCAAAAACCUCACGAAGGACCGGCUGCUGCAAUUCUUCUUUCUGCCCAAGCCGUACCCAAGCGGAGCAGACACCAAGGAACUGAUACGCAAGGUUCUGAGCGGAGAACUGACCUCCGGCGAGGAGAUCAUGAAGGAGCUUGAAAGGCUAUUUCCAGAGCUGCACCAGACUCUGGGCACACACGCGCGCUUCUCCUCCGAGAACGAGCGGCAUCGCGCGCUGUCCUGCAUGCUGUGUGUCUUUUGGCUGGCAACGGACAAGUUUGAUGAGUUUGUCAAGAGCCAGGCACCCAACGAGCGCAUGACGAAAGCGAAUUGGAAGAAGCUGCAGGAUUUCGUCACGGGGAUCGGCAUCCGGGACAAGAUCGAGUGGAUCCACGGCAUUCUGGUAUAUUUGGCUGUCAAAGGCCUUGGCCGCUCCAAGAACUUGACCCUGCAGCUCCCUAGCCAAUCGCAGCAGCCGGACGCAGCAGUGACGCGGCUGCUGGAAAGGAACCGCAAUGUCGUGCCAUCAGUGCUCCAGCUCGACGAGGGGAUUCUUGAGCUGCUGAUCUCAGUGUCGAGUAUGCACGAGUGCUUCAUGUUCGGGCAGUUCCUUCAGGCCGAGAACACCCCACUGAGCUUGCAGCUGCUACAGCAGAAGGCUUUGGAGAACAAUGACGUUUCCGCUUACCAGCUUUUCCUCUUCUCCGCUCUGGCUAUGAUGACCGGAAUCGGAGCACGAGAAGGCUGCACUGGCUCCCCCUUCCUGGACGACGUUGCUUGCCAGAGCGUUCUGUUCGGUCUGGAGGCGCUCAGGCACCUGCAGGCGAGGACGUGCCAGGAGGUCUACUGGAGCUACUUGUGCAGUUGGGGUCUGAUGCUGGACCUGCCAAGCACCACCCUGGAGGACUUGGCCUUGCUCCGGUUUGCGUGCAUCUGCCGCACGCGAGGGUACGAUGCCCUUCGCGGCGUUUUGGCGAGCUGGGCAAGCAUGGAUGCUGCCGACAGGGAAAGCAUCACCGAGUUCUUUCUGGCAGAUGGCAUCCACUAUCAUGCCUGCCUCUUCAGCUAUCUCCCGGACUGCUUUGCCCAUGCGCAUAAGAACACGCGAGUGGGUCUGGACUCGAUGCUGACUCUGCUGGUCGAGCUGGUGGAAAUCACGUGGACCCAGCUGGCGGUAAGCACGCUGCCGCAUCAGGUUACGGUGAACCUUGCGGACCUUGCCUCGUUCACCAUGGCUGUUCGCUCUCGCAGCGUGUUUUUCUCCUGCUUGGAACAUGCGAAGAUCACCAACCUGGGUAGUGGACACUAUGCCCUCAACAUGACCAGCAAGAAUUGGUCGAGAACCGAGGAGGUGUCCAACCACGACCUGGGUGUGUCGAGGACCUUGAGGAAGCUGGUGCGGAACACCCGCAUGCCGGCCUCCUGCAGCCGGCCGCUUUCGCAGAUGGCAAUCUUGGACAUCGAGCUCGUGGAGAUGGUGGUCGUGGUGGUGGUCGUGGUUGUGUUUGUGGUGGUGGUGGUGGUAGUGGUUGUGGCGGUGGCGGUGGCGGUGGUGGUGGUGGUGGUGGUGGUGGUGCUGGUGCUGGUGCUGGUGGUGUUGUGGCUGUUGACAUCUCGCAGGUGCAGGCCCGCCGUGAGAUGUCCAGUGACGCAUAGCAUCGAAGAACCUAAUGGUCUACAGCUGCCAGCUCCGCAACGGGUCCUUUUUACCCUAGUUGUCCUCCAACUACCCUGGGGUACGCCUUUGCUCUUCAAUGUUGCCACCUGCAGUCAAUGGGCCGGAGGUGUGGGCGAGAUGCUGCAACCGGAAAAAGUGUGUUGGAGCGAUCCAGUUGCGACAGGCUUGGCCCUGGAGCUCCUCCCGAAUGCGGAGGCAGCAGAAGAAGUUUCACCUUCGCAUUUCUCU